GAUUCGCCGGCAAAGUUGUGGUUGGCACUUGAGGAGCGCAAACUGAACGCUGCUCGGGGAAGUGAACCCCUGAAGAAGGGGGGGAGCAGGGUGCCGUCGACGUGAAUCCUGGCCAAACGUUAACCGUGAUCGCUGCGUGUGCACUGUUGUGUGCGAUCCGAGAUCUUCCGAAAAGGCAGCAGCAGACAAUUUCGUUCUGUGCGCGAACGAUUUUUGUGGUGUUCCUAAAAAACAAUGCGCUGCGGCGUGAUCUUCGAUGUGCUUAACGGGCGAUGUCUGCUGCACUGAGAGAACUUGGGAGAGAGUCGAGUUAUUUUUAAAACUGCCAGAGGAGGGGGUGAGAGUUGCUUUCUUCCUCCCUGUUGCUUCUUUUUGAUUUUUUUUUCGGUCCUUCUCGUGUCAUCCUCCCUCGAGUAUUGUGUUUGUGUAGUAAAAAAAGGUCGCCAUGCCUCACGUGGGGGCGGCCAGUGGCGGAGACGACCUUGCCUCUACGGAUGAACUCAAAGUGUUUAAAGAGGAAGGGGAUGAAGAAGAUAACCGAUCGUCCGAGAAUUUGACAGAACUGAAAACUAGUCUGGUGACGGAGGGCGAAGAAGAAAAGCCUACUAAUGUUCCUGGUAAUAAUGAAUAUGGUUCACCUUCAAAGAACUCUGACUGUCGACCCGAUAGUGCUUCACAUUCAGGAAAACCUUUCGAACUGCUUUCGCCUCAUACCGCUCCUAUUGGGUAUGUGGUCUCGCCAUACCCUCAUCCUCAUAAUGGGUCGCUGGGUCCAGUGUCAAUGGGCGGCAAAAUGCCGAUGGUUCCUCCUCCCCAUCCAGGUUCCCCGCUGCCCUUCAUGGUGUACAACGGAGAACCCUUCGCACAACCUCCUCCCGCACAUAUGGGCAUUCCUCCCGUCGCCAUAGAUCCAAAGACAGCAGAGAAUGCAUGUUUCUUUCCAGGCAUUCCAAGGCCUCCCGUGUACCAUUUGGGACCUCCCGGUCAGUACCCGCCAGUCUUCAGUCCCGAAUUCACUCAUCAACUGCAGUGGCACACGCCGGCUCUGUAUCCUCCCACUUCGGCUGGUUUCCGAAGUGCUUACUCGACUGCCUUGCCCGUCACCUCCUCCAGUCUGCCGAGAUUCAGUCCACCGACUCUACUGUCUCCAUAUCCGGGCAUUUCGCAUCCGGCACUCAUUACGACGGGACCAAAACAAGAGUUGUCCUUGCACCACUCCAAUCACAGGUAUCAACAGAGCUUGCCUGAGUAUCCCAGUGAACAAAAGUACAAUUCGAAGGCCCCCGUCCCGACGAGCAGCCAGAACAACAGCAGUAGCGCGGGCGAGAAGAAGGUCCACAUCAAGAAACCUCUCAACGCUUUCAUGCUGUACAUGAAAGAAAUGAGAGCGAAGGUCGUUGCCGAGUGUACCUUGAAAGAGAGUGCAGCUAUCAACCAAAUACUAGGCCGCAGGUGGCACAGUUUAUCUCGAGAAGAGCAGGCCAAAUACUACGAACUGGCUCGAAAAGAACGCCAACUUCACAUGCAGCUGUAUCCUGGUUGGAGUGCGCGUGAUAACUACGCUCUCCAGGUGAAGAAGAAGAAGAGGAAAAAAGACAGGAACCAAGAAGGAGACGGCAACAACCUCAAGAAAUGCAGAGCCAGGUUUGGCCUCGAUCAACAGAGCAGUUGGUGUAAACCGUGCAGACGGAAAAAGAAGUGCAUUCGUUAUAAAGACGGAAACGACAGUACCUUCGACAUGGAGGACAACAUGGGUAGUGCCGGCAGUGUCGAAGCCCCUACACCCGAUUCCAACAAGACCGAUGACACCGAUAGCCAGGACACGGACAAUACCCACAACCAUAACAGCGUCGCCUCGCCCCAACUCAGCCCUUGCAACGAGGACGUCGACACCAAGCCCCGGCUGGACUCUAACGGGAUGGUGCGACCCCCCAGCCCCCAUAGGAAUCAUCUCUAUCAUCAUCCCCUCAGUGUUCACCAGCUUAUCCAACCCCAUUUUACCAGCCGGUCAACGCUGAUCGCCAGGACAGACGCUAUGAAUAGAUUUCAGAACCCGAAUGAGACCGGUUCCAAUCGGCCUACACCGGCUCCUAUGCUGACGGUAACAUAGAACAUUGUUGCCUGAAAAUUUCUAAUACAUUGCGCGAUGCCGAAUAUUGCCAAGGAAACAAGAAUCCAUUGAAAUGUCCCAUUUUCUAGUGUGAACAAGAACAAGUAGAUCAUCUUAUAAGUCGUAACUUGUGAAAUAAAGAAUCAAAUAUUAAACAUUUCUAAGUUUUAGAAAUCAUUUAAACAUACAAAUAAGAAUGGAAUCAAAUUUUAGCUGUAAUUCAAGAUAAAGACGUUUCUAUUUCCCCAGAUAUAAAGAUCCGUGUUUGAUUCUAAAAUGUUUAAUAAAAAGAAACGGUGAAAAUGUUUGGAAAAUUAUUUCGAAUAUUUUAUAUCAUAACUUGGUCAUUAAUUUAGGAAGAAAUCUGACUAUUGCUUUAUAAAAUAUAUUAUUAUUGAGAUCGAAGUAAAUAACAAACAUAUCAAACAGAAAGCGAUUUUGAUAUUUGAAUCCCUUCAAACUCAGUUUUGAUAAAAUACCCUUUCAAACUAUAAUUUGAUAGUAAAUCAAGAAAUUAUAAAUUUAUAAUAAUGUUAUAAACAUUUUUAUAACAUUAUUAUAUUAUAAAGUGCAUUUUCAAACAAAAUUAACCUUAUAGCAAGCUAUAUUGUUCAGAAUUCUGAUAUGAUUGUCAAAGUAAAUGAACAUUUUUCAUGACAUUGAAUUUGCAACGUAUCAAAUUUCCCAUGAUAGCUUUUAUUCAGCAUUAAAUCUCAAAAAUUUGGAAUCAGAAAACGAUUACAGAUUGAUUUCACAAUGUUGUAGGUAUAAGAAAUGUCCAAAAUUACUAAGUGUGUCUAAAUUUGUUGGCAUCUGCUGGGCAUCGUCUGCAAUAUUAGAUUUUAACCAAAUUGUUAGACUGUAGUGGAACAGGCAUGCAUGUGUUAAUCUGUAUAGUUUUGUGUAGAAUAUGUUCUGAUUUUUCCCAUUUCUUUUAAUAUAUUUGUAUGAUUGUAUUUUUGAUUUGUGAAAUAAUUGUUUGUUUAUAUAUAUCUAUAUAUACCAGGGAAUUAUUUUUUUCGAUAAAUUGCAUAAAACCAAAACGUGAAAUUUUGCUCGUCAUCUUUAACUCUCCCAUUUUCUUGUUUCCCUAAGUUUGUUAGAAAUACUAAUGGACUGUUCACUGUGCGCAACUUUCUAAAAGGCGGAAGAAGUCACAAUGGAUGAAAGUAUUAGCAGCAAUUUUAAAUUUGCGACAUCAGUGAAUAUUUUCGAAUUAAUCCUUUCCUUUCCUACCUCCUUGACGAGUUAAAAUUUCGCAUAUGCCCUGUAUAUAUACAUAUUUAUAUAUUUCUGUCUCAAUAGUGUGAUUAUUUUUGUUAAAUCAUUUUGUCCAGCAAUAAAACAUACAAAAUUGUAUAAAUGGCUUCUUCAUAUUUAUGCAUAUAUUUUUUUUUUUUUUUGAAUAUUUACUUUUCAUUCCAUAUACAAAUAAAUGAUCGGUUUGUUUUCAAUUUCAUUUCUUUAGAAUUCCUUUAUUAUCAUUUCUGUGAUUAUUAAGUUGGAUUUUUUUAAAAAGAAUAUUCAUGUGAAAAUUGAGAAAUACUCUUAAAUUUUGAACAAAAAGAACAAUACUUGUUAUAAAAUGACUUGAAGUGUACUAAUAUUUAAAAAUUAAACUUUUUAAUGUGCUUCUCCUUAAAUUUCUACUCAAUAUGUAAUAAUUUGUUUCCUUAUGCAGAUUCCUGCCGAACGAACAGAUUGUUUUUAUUGCUUGUCUAAAUUUGUUCGAAAUGCUAAUCCUCGCAUCUCUUGCUUUAUUCACGUGAUUCUAAUUUAUUUAUUCAUUUCAUUAUUUUUAUUAUUUAGCACUCGUUUUAAUGAAUGACUUUUCUUUUAUGUGCAGUUAAAAAAAAAGAAAUUUGAUAGUAUUUCAUAUCUUAAAAUAAAAUUUUUAAGUUUAUUUAUUUAUUAUUACAAUUCUCAUUAUUAUUUCUUCAUUUGAACGUUUUUUGAUUGAUUGAUUUGAAUGAUUUUUAGUGAAUAAUAUUCGAUAUCAUUGAAACUGCAUUUUUAUCUUCAGUAUUUUAUAAUACUUUAAACGGUUAUACAUUCAAAAACAAUAUUUUGCAUUUAAGAACUAAUGCUAGCAUCGGCAGUUAUUUUAAAUGGUUUUUCUCUUUUAGACACUUCCGACAUUAAUCGUAUUUGCUGUUUUUACUUCCGUGAUCAAUCUAUUUAAAAGUCAGGUUUGUGUGUAGUCCAGAAUCUAAAUUUAUUUAUGCAUAUUUGUCAUUUUUUACCGAUAUUAUUUGUUUGACGUUGCUAAUACUUUUGCCAUCCGUUGUGACUUUUUUCUCCGCAAUUAGAAAGUGAGCACAGCUUUAAAGAAACAAUGCGGAAUGUGCAUUGAUAAACAGGAGGGAGAGUUGUUUCUGACGUGUGAAUAAAUCUGAAUAUAGUUGCUUAUUCAGAUAAAUCUGACUCGCAUUUUCCGGAAGUGAUUACGAAAAUUACAAUUUCUCUAUUAUUUCUUUUAUUAUCAUUUCGUUUUUUAUCUAUCAUCCAAAUUAUCAUUUCAUUUCUUUUAUGAAUUAAACUGUAGCUAAUAUUAAAAGUAAAUUAAAAAAAAUAAAAUAAAUGUUUAUAGUUAAGAGAGUACUAUCAAUAGCAAUUGAACCUUGUUUGGCUUUUAAAAAUGAAAGCAAGUUCCAUUUUAAUUUGCUUUGUUUUAUAAAACAACUACAGAAAAAGCAUUUACUGAAUAGAAUUUGUCUAUAGUAUUUUUAUUUAGGUUAUUUGAGAAUCGCUUUGGAAACAAACUUUUUCGACAGAAAAAAAAAUAUUACAGUGAACAAAAGCUGAUAUAACAUUUUUAUAAAGCAGGCCUUUAUUAUUAUUACUUAUUGAUUUUUCAAUUUUCAAAAUCAUAUCUUUCUUGCUUUUGAGCAUUUGAGGCCGAAUUCUCUCCUCUACCAAAAAUGUGCAUGCUCGUAAUUGUCGUUAAAGCAUGAAUGUUUUCCAAGAAGUUUGAAAUUGCAUUUUAUUUAAAGUGUUGCAUAAGUUGAAGCAUAUAUUUUGUUGGUGCAUUUCUUCUAUGCCUGUUCCCAUUCUUACAGCUAAGUAUUGCUAAGUAAUGGAAUGUAUGUAAAUAGCCAUCAUAUCAUUCUCAUCAGAUAUCAUUGCUGAGUUGAAUGUUUAACGAAAUGUUAUAAAAAAUAUUGGUAAAAAUAAGUGUGUGAUGCCUUAAAUACUUUUUUUACAGCAUUUAUUAUACAAAUCUUCAUUAUUUAAAAAUUUACCAGCAUUUAAAGUGUGAUAAUAUUAAACAAACAAGCGAAAAAAUGGAAACGAUGACAUAUUUGUUGCAUUUUUUUAACGGAAUUUUGCUUGUGUUCUGAAAUGUGACAUUUCUGUUGAACAUUCUUUUCAGUAACUAUAACUGAAUGUGUAGGUUUGAAUAUAAUAAAUGUUAUAUAAACUUAAGAAAGAAUAGCAUAAAACUGGUUUAAAAUAUCUACGAAACUUUUUUUAAAAGUGAGGUUGUGUAUCGUAAAGAUAUUUUCUUUUCGUAGAUUUGUUAUUUCAUUUGUUUCAUUAUCUAAAUUGAUUUUAUAUGUUCAUUUAAUUGUUUAUCUUAUUUACAAGACAUAAUUUUGCAAUACGUCAGUGAGCAAAUCAAAAUGGGUUAAUUUAUAUUUUAAUUAUUUGGCUUAAACCAGGACUUCUGACACUUCUUCGGUGCACGAUUUCUUCUGAGAGAAAAAGAAUGUAACAUAAUUUUUAUCUCAAGAAUUUUUGUUCUCUAUAAAUAUGUAAAUAAAUACUCCAGUUAAUACUUUCAUUAAUGAAAUUUAUUUAUUAAUGAAAACUGCAAAUCAAUUCAUUUAAUACAGUUGAUUCACAAACUAUACAAGUAGCUUUAAUCAAGAUGGUCUUCAAAAAUAUUUUUGAUUUAUCUUGUUAAAGAACAUGGAGUAAUUCAUGAAUAUUAGAAGUUUCAUUCAACCUGAAUGACGUCACAGUAAUUCCUAAUCUUUAUUUCUUCUCAUAUCUUUUGAUUAGUUUUUUUAUCUCUGAAUUACUGUAUCUUCUACCUCCGUUCUCUCAAAGAUAUUAACAUAAUAGAAUUUUUUGGAUUUAUUUUUACUUUUAAUUUAUUUAAUUUUUAUAAUAAUAUUAAUUCCAUGUCUUAAUAAAGCUAAACAGAAUUAAAAUGAUUUGGUAUUAACUUGCGAAUGAAAAUUAGCACAACAUUCAUUGUGAUCAUUCUGUCAUUAUUUUUUCAUUUGAAUCCCUCUUUUUGUAUUGUUGCUGUGACGACUGGCAGGAAUGCCAUAGGUUGGAAGCCUCUCAAUUAGGGUAUAGUUAAAUUACAAGGGUUUCUAUUUUUAGAAAAAAAUAAUUAUGAACAAUUUUAAUUUAAUAUUAGUAAAUUUUAUUUCAAUCCAGUAGCGUAGCAAGAGCAAAUUUCGCUAGAGAUGGCAUCAGAUCAUUUUUUUCAUUCUCUACUAAUGAAUGCUAUUACAUAUAAGACUUCUCAGAUUUUGGCUUCUUAUUAUGUCUGUCUUUAAGCGUUGAAGGGGCGGCGGGAUCGAGCUCCCGCUUCUAUACACAACCUUUUUUUUUUUAUAUUAGAUUUUUCUUUACUCACCCUUCGUCGAAUAUUGCUUUAAAAGCUUGAAACAACUUCACAAAAAGUAUCCUUCCGAAGACUAAUGCUCAGACAGAAUUUGCCAAAAACUAACGAUAUCCUUUUUUUCCCUCCAUUCUAUACCUCCCACACAGUCAAACGCCUCCCUGCUAGGAAUCGUAGCACCUGGUUUAAGAAGUCCAGUUUUAAAUCUUGAAUUAAGAUGAAAGUGCAAUAUGAGGAUAGAAAAAAAAAAAAUGAAUUUCACUAAUGUUGAGUAUUUUUUUAAACUGAUUUGUGGCAACAUUUAUCAUUUGUUAGUUUCCUUAAAUGAAAUAAUACCUUCGGAACGUAAUCGAUCGUCCAUGAAUAAACUUUUUGCAUACACAAUUCAUAAUGCGAUACAUCAUUUGACAUUUCUGAUGAAGUGAAAAGUGCUUCCUAAAGUUAUGCAAUAUACAGUUUCUAGCACUCAAAUUUUAUCAAUGGUCUCACUAAAAAAAAAAGUCAUAAACUUGAUAUUUUGACUCCUGUUGGAUAGAAUAUAUUUUUGUUCCUCGACUACGCACAUAUUGUACAGUCCAUGCGUUUUUUUAACUGUGCAAUUUAUUUACAGUUUGUAAAUUUUCUUUGGUUUAAAACUUUCUGAAAUUCAGUUUUCUUUUUCUUGUAUUUCCACUCCUGAAUUAAUUAUAUGCGUUUGUGUUGUGUUCACUGGUUUUCUUGCAACUGUUAAAAACUUAACUCAUAUCUUCACCUUAGACAGGCUGAUAUGAUGUAAAAUAUUUAAUGUACAAAGUCUAAAUCAUUGUUGUAUAUGUUAAAAUGAUUCUUUGUAAAAUUUUUGCCAAAUAAAGAUUGUACAAUUGUA